GGCCUUAUAUACGACGCGGUGCUUCUGCGCCCCGCCCCCGGCAUCUGCAGAUUCUACGCGUACAGUAGAUACUAGGAGUCCGUCACGGUCCGUUUCAGUCAGCGGGUGAGGUGUGACCCUAUGGCUGAUUGGGACAUUGUAGUACCUACUAUGUACAGCACAUUAGGUCAUAGAGCUGCCAGGCGGGACUUGCAACCGUUCAUAUUAGAUCUAAAGCCAGCUGGGGGGGGGCGGCUUCCUUCUUUUGGGAAAACGAAAUUCGCUUAUCCACUGGCAAGCGCCGCUUCAGUGUGGUAUCGAAAAAUCCACCUCUCCGGCUCUAGAUCUACGGCCUCGAGCGUUCCUCGGCAGAUUCCCGGCUCACGCGGACCCAACGUUCAACAAAUUCGUUGCAGCCGAACCUUGUAGCUGACCCAUUUCCAGGCAACUGCUUCCAGCGGAAGCACACAUCGAGGUGAACAUGUUCACCACCCGCAGCAGCUCGGAGGGGAACGCUGAGGUUCCCUCUUUCGGAAAAGCGUACGCAGGAACAGCAGCGGGUCCAGGUAUGCCACCCGGACGUCGACUGGCCGCCGUUGACGACGUCGUGCUCCGCAUUUUCCACCAUUUGCAGCCUUCGUGCAGCAACGCGCAGCCUGGGCCCAGAAUAUCACCUGUGGAGCAUCCGCCUGCAUACUCGCCAGUCUCCCACUUGCCGUUCGAGCGGCAUCUCGGCGCCGUCUGUCGACGUUGGCGGCUUCUGGCUUUCUCCCUCCGUUCCGGCGACGUCUUGAGCCUCCAUCAUCUUCUCCGCGAUAACACUGCGAGACCUAUCUCCGACGAGAAGCAUGCCGCAGGUCUCCGACUGUUUGUGAAGGAUAAGUUCCGGCAGCAGUCGCUCCAACAUCUGGUUAUGACACAAUUCGGCGGGCUGGUGCGGGCAGGACGGCUGGACUUGGCAACGGACAUCUUUGCUUUCGUGAAGGUACCGCGGAAUCUGCUCUACUUGUUCUUGGACUUUCAAGAGGAUUUUCCUUCGAACAUUGAACCGCUCCUGGACUGGCUUACAGUCACACCGUCUUCAACGUCAAUUCCCGAUGUCAAUUUGCAGCAAUCUACCGUCCAACCCGAUCGCUCAGGCAUUCGACACUUGCAUGUGAAUGGGACGAUAACGAGCAAUCGUGUAAAUGGAGAGCUGGUAAAAGCCUUCAAGUUCCUGCGCGAGCAAGCAGAUGUCCGACAGCUUACUUUCGGUAUCCACCGCCUGGAAGGCCAGAUGUUGGCUAUGACGAUGGCAAAUCUCCCACUUGUACGCCAUUUACGGAUUCUCGUGAUGGAAUCUACUUAUCGGUUUCUUGACGCCCAAUCUGCCCCAAAUCUCAACAAACUAGAGGCUUUCAGCUUGGACCGUGCUCCAAAAAACUCUCUUGCCGGCCUGCAUCGUCUACGAAGUCUCGAUGCCUACUUGGGGUUUUCCGAACCGCUCUCGGGGUUUUCUGAAGAACUGAUAUCGCUUCCGGAUGCUUGCGUCGCUGAGCACUUGAAGGUCUUACGUCUUUCCCACCAAUCGUAUGUCCCCGCACACGAUUUCACACGGUUCACUGCGCUGCAACAUCUUCGCAUCUCUGGCCACAUCAGGAUGAGCUCUUUGACUUGCAUGAUCCCCACUCUCACAACUGCUGCAAAUCUGAAAGUUCUCGAAUUGACUUGUAUUUCGCCAGUCCGUGCGGACUGGGCGGAGCUUGAGGAACUUGGGGCUAUGACACCUGAGUGGUACUCCACGGAACAAGCUUUGCGGGUUUUUCCACAACUCCGUUCCCUCAAACGUCUCAUUAUGGUCUUGUACUGGGGCGCCGAUAGGGUCGAGAAUCGGUGUCUAUCUCAGGCUGAAGAUGACGGGCAAGAGUAUUGCGGGCUGGGAAAUGGCAACCCAUGCCCUUGCUCCGACGACAUAGAGUGGGUUAGGGAGAUUCGCCGCAACGAAAACGCGCGCGUAAAUGAUCUGACUUAUCAUUUCCAAGACAUCGAUGGCUUGGAAGCCUAUGAGAGUCCCUGCGUGCCGUACAAUUGCGAGGAGCUGCAAAAAGCUAUGCCGUGGUGCGCCGUCCAAGUGUACAUGAGUGGGGUAGAAGUAGAUCAGGGAUUUUUCCAUUGAAUACAAACACUCUUGACACCAUGUCCAGCACGUGGAAUCGUCGGUCGUCGUUCCUGAAAACAUGAGGACUACCUAUACUAAGCGCCGG